AUGGAAGUGCGAGGAGAGAGAUCCAAGCCGUCGAUUAUAUGGGCUGCGAGAAGCCUGUUCAUGCACGCCGAUCACGCCGACUGCUGGCUGAUGGGCCUGGGCUUCAUCGGCUCCGUCGGGGACGGCCUUACUUUGCCCAUUUCGAUCGUCGUCUUCUACAAAAUGGUAAACGCUCUAGGUGCAGGCCCAUCCUCGCCGGACUUCGAACACGGUGUCAACCAGAGUUCCCUCCAAUUCGUCUAUGUCGCUGCCGGCGGCUUUCUCUUCGCCUUUCUCGAGGGGUACUGUUGGACGAGGACGGGGGAGAGGCAGGCGAGGAGGAUGCGAGGCAGAUAUUUGAAGGCUGUGCUGAGGCAAGAAGUGGGAUAUUUUGACCUGAAGAAGGAUGGGUCAACGGCCGAAGUGGUCAACUGUGUCUCUACCGAUUCUUUUGUUAUCCAGGACGUGCUUAGUGAGAAGGUACCAAAUUUCAUAAUGAACACCGCUACCUUCGUGAGCAGCUACAUCGCCGCCUUCCUCCUGCAAUGGCGACUAACCCUAAUCGCCUUCCCCACCGUCCUCCUGCUAAUCAUCCCCGGUUUAAUAUACGGCCGCGUCCUGCUCACCCUAUCCCGCCAAAUCCAUGUCCAAUACAACAAAGCCGGCCUGAUCGCCGAGCAAGCAAUCUCCUCCGUCCGAACAGUCUACUCAUGCGUUACCGAACCCACCACGAUAUCCUCCUUCUCCUCCGCUCUAAACUCCUCCGUUCGCCUCGGAAUCCGACAAGCCCUCGCCAAAGGUCUCGCCUUUGGAAGCAAUGGCGUAACUUUCUCCAUCUGGGCUCUCAUGGCUUGGUACGGCGGCCGUCUCGUUAUCCUCCACGAUGUAAAAGGUGGAUCCAUCUUCGCCGCCGGAUCUUCCGUUAUCAACGGCGGGCUCGCCCUCGGUCUGGGACUGUCGAAUGUUAAGUAUUUGGGAGAGGGGAUUGCGGCGGCAGAGCGUAUAAAGGAGGUUAUGGAUAGGAAGCCAGCGAUCGAUUCGGAGAGCGAUGAAGGGGAGGAGGUGAGGGAAGUGAGAGGUGAGGUGGAGUUUAAAAAAGUGAGAUUUUGGUAUCCGGCGAGGCCUGAAGUUGAGGUUUUUAGAGGGUUUAGUUUGAGGGUAGAGGCGGGGAGGACGGCGGCUCUGGUGGGGGGUAGCGGGUCGGGGAAGUCGACGGCGGUGGCGCUGCUGCAGAGGUUUUACGAUCCGACCGGCGGUGGGAUUGUGGUGGAUGGAGUGGAUAUAAGGAGGCUGAAGGUGAAGUGGUUGAGGGGGAUAAUGGGAAUGGUGAGUCAGGAGCCAUUGUUGUUUGAUAUGAGCAUUAAGGAGAAUGUGUUGUUUGGGAAGGAGGAGGGGAGUUUGGAGGAUGUGGUGGAGGCGGCAAAGAAGGCUAAUGCGCAUGGGUUCAUUUACCAGUUGCCUAUGGGAUAUGAUACGCAGGUAGGCGAGAGAGGCGUCCAACUCUCCGGCGGCCAAAAGCAGCGCAUAGCGAUCGCGCGCGCUCUCAUCCGGCAGCCAAAGAUCCUUCUUUUGGACGAAGCCACCAGCGCCCUCGAUUCCGAGUCGGAGCGCUUAGUACAGGAAGCCCUUGACGUCGCCGCCGUCGGCCGCACCACCAUAGUCAUCGCCCAUCGCCUCUCCACAAUACGAAACGCACAUUCCAUCGCCUUCGUCGAUGCUGGCGAAGUCGUGGAAACGGGAUCUCAUGAAGAACUCAUUGCCGACCCCAACAGUCACUAUUCUGCUCUCAUUCGAGCGCAGCGGUGCCAGCCGGCCGAGGAUCACGAAUCUUUGGGCAGCAGCCGCAGCAUGAGCCGGCGAUUCUCCAUUUCAAGCUCAACCAAAUCACUCGGCGAAAUGGAAGAAUUGAAUGAGGGGAAUGACAAGUCAGGGCGGAGUCCGUCGCGGUCAGUCCCUUCCCUGCGUCGAUUGCUGAUGAUGAACGCGCCGGAAUGGGGACACGCUUUGCUCGGCGGCACUGGAGCUAUUCUGUUCGGCGCCGUUCAGCCGGCUUAUUCAUAUGCUCUCAGCAGCAUGUUGAUGGUUUAUUUUAUUAAGGAUCAUGAAGAGAUGAAGGAGAAGAUUAGGACUUAUGCACUUAUUUUUGUGGGAUUGUCUGUAUUCUCUUUUGUGGUUAGUGUGGUGCAGCAUUAUCAUUUGGGAGUCAUGGGGGAAUGCUUGACUAAAAGGGUGAGGGAAAGGAUGCUGGCUAAGAUUCUUACUUUUGAGGUGGGUUGGUUUGAUCAAGAAGAUAAUUCUUCCGGCGCUAUUUGCUCCCGUUUGGCUAAGGACGCUGCAGUGGUGCGGUCACUGGUAGGAGAUCGAAUGUCGCUUAUAAUCCAAGCACUAACAGCAGUAACAGUGGCGUUCGCGAUGGGCGUGAUAAUCGCAUGGCGUCUGGCCAUCAUCAUCAUCGCCACACAGCCUCUGAUAAUCACCUGCUUCUACGCCCGCCGGGUCCUGCUCAAGAACAUCUCCGGAAAAUCCAUCAAAUCCCAAUCCGAGAGCAGCAAACUGGCCGCCGAAGCCGUCAACAAUCUCCGCACCAUCACCUCCUUCUCCUCCCAACCCCGCAUCCUCCGCCUCUUCAAUCUCUCCCAAUCCAACCCUCGCCGCCACUCCCUCCGCCAAUCCUAUCUCGCUGGCUUAGGCCUCGCCCUCUCCCAAUCCCUCAACAUCUGCACAUGGGCCCUCGAUUUCUGGUACGGCGGCAUCCUUGUCCGACAAGGACUCAUUUCCUCCAAAGCCCUCCUUCAAACCUUCGUCAUCGUCGUCAGCACCGGCCGCGUCAUCGCCGAUGCCGGAAGCACCACCACCGAUCUCGCCAAAGGAUCCCAUUCCGUCGCUUCCGUCUUCUCCAUCCUCGACCGCUUCUCAGCCAUCGAGCCCGAUGAUCCCGAUGGCUGCCACCAACCCAAUUCGUCCUUAACCGGAUCGAUCGAAUUCCGCGGCGUCGAUUUUGCCUACCCCGCGAGGCCCGACGUCCCGAUUCUCCACCGCUUUUCUCUUGCCAUUCAAGCCGGGAAAUCAACCGCCCUCGUCGGGCCCAGCGGCUCCGGCAAAUCCACCAUCAUAUCCCUCGUCGAGCGAUUCUAUGAUGCCACAGCCGGACACAUAUGCGUGGACGGGAGAGAUAUCCGAUCUUACAACCUCCGUGCAUUGCGUCGACAGAUCGCGUUGGUCGGACAGGAGCCGGCCAUGUUCGCCGGCACGAUUCGGGAGAACAUAACGUACGGGCUAGACGGAGCGGUGGCAAGCGAAGCGGAGGCUGCGGCGAGAGUCGCCAAUGCGCACGAUUUUAUAAGCGGGUUGAAGGAUGGGUACGAGACGUGGUGUGGGGAGAGGGGGAUUCAGCUGUCGGGAGGGCAGAAGCAGAGAAUAGCGAUAGCGAGGGCGGUACUGCGGAAUCCGAAGAUCUUGUUGUUGGAUGAGGCGACAAGCGCUCUGGAUGGGAAAUCGGAGAAUGUGGUGGUGGAGGCGUUGGAGAGGGUUAUGGUUGGGAGGACGAGCGUGGUGGUGGCGCAUCGGUUGGGUACGGUUAGGAACUGUGACUUGAUUGCGGUGAUGGAUAAGGGGAGAUUGGUGGAGAAGGGAAGCCAUGCGGCGCUUAUGGGGAAGGGGGAAACGGGAAUGUAUUGGGGAUUGGUUAGGCUGCAGCAUGGGGGGGAGAGCGGGAAGAAGGGAUAAGGUUUUAGGACAUUGGAGGAGGAGGAGGAUGAUGCUUUUUGCUCCGUAUAUAAAUUACAUGGGGUGAUUUUGUUUGUAAUAUGUAUUAUAUUUAUGCGACUUAUGAUAAUGCAUUGUUUGGCGGGAGAAGGUUGGUUGUUUUUUUUUAUUAUUAUUGUUGUGAGUAAGAGGCGCAUGCUUUGAAAGUCACCGUUUAAAACAAUGGCUAAAAAUUUUAAAUUGUGUUUUUAUUUUCUUUUAAAUCGAAUAAAAAAUUUUAGAUAAUCAAAAUCAUCUCAUCACCCAUGACUUUGUCGAGCAAGGAAAUGUGUCUCUUGUUAAACAUUUCUCUCUUGUUGCAUGACAUUAAUUGCUCUCUCAAAGUCAGAUAUGUGAUAUUCGGUAUCAAGAUAGAGACUCAGAUACCCCCGUUGUAAUAGAAAUUAAUCAUUGACCAAAUAAUAUUUACCUGAUGUGAAAAUCGCUCAAUGCCAGCCUUUUUUAUUUAAAAAGAUUGUCAGCUUAACUCCCAGGCCAACCUCUUUAAGGUAAAUGUCAUAAAAUAUUAUAUUUGUAUUGUUAUCCCACAUUUCAGAUGAACUGACAUCUUUCGUCUUAAUCAUUUUAUUACUAGCAUGAAAAAAAUUAAUCAACAUAAAUUUUUACUCAAAAAAAUAUUUAUCACAACUCAAAAAAAAAUAGGAAUGUUAUAGUAUCAUUACUACUGGUCUUCCACACCAACACAUCCACACCACCACCUCACACACCAACAUCUCCACACAUUAACACAUUUACAA